AUGAGGGAGGCGGAGGCGGCGCGGGAAUCGUGCAUGGAGCGCUCGGCAGCCCCGGGGGCUCCGCCCCCCAAACGGCGCCGGGGGGGUGCCCAGGGCCCCUCCCAGUUCGAGCAGGAAUUGGCCCAACUGGGAGAACUGGAGGAGCUGGAGGAGGAGCUGGGGCUGGGGGAGGGGCCCCCCCCGGACCCCCAGAGCCAGCCCACAGGUUCUCUGUUUGUGGGGGAGGUUCCCCCCCGCUGGCGCCGCCCGGCCCCUCCUGCCCAACCCCCCCAGAGCCUGAGCUUCCUGCAGCUGGACAUCGAUCACUAUGUGGGCUGCCCUCCCCGCGGCUUCCCGGGCUGGCCCCACCCCUCCCCCAUCCUGAGGAUGUUUGGGGUGACGGGGGAGGGGCUCAGUGUGUGCCUGCACCUGCACGGCUUCAGCCCCUACUUCUACGUGCUGGCCCCUGCAGGAGUGACCCCAGCCCACCUGGAGGCGCUGCAGCAGGAGCUGGAGGCCGCGCUCAGGAGGGAGCAGAGGGGGGGAAAUCCCAACCUGGGACCCCCCAGGAACGUCCUGGGGCUGCAGCUGCUCAGGAAACAGAGUAUUUUGGGUUUCCAGGGCGAUUUGCAGCCCCUCUUUGUCCGGGUGCAGCUGGCCCUGCCCCGUUUGGUGGCGCCGGCGCGGCGGCUCCUGGAGCGGGGGCUGCGCUGGGGGGGGCUGGGGGUGCAGCCGGCGCCGCCCUACGAGGCCAACAUCGACUUUGAGAUCAGGUUCAUGGCUGACUCGGGGCUCGUCGGCUGCUGUUGGGUGGAGCUGCCCCCGGGGAGCUUCCGCUGGAGGGCCCCCCCCAAGGCCACCCUGUGCCAGCUGGAGGCCGAUGUCACCUGGGGGUCCCUGCGGGGUCACCCCCCCGAGGGGGCCUGGCUGGGGCUGCCCCCCCUGAGGGUGCUGAGCUUCGACAUCGAGUGCGCCGGGAGGAAAGGGGUGUUCCCCGAGCCGCAGCAGGACCCGGUGAUCGCCAUCGCGGCCGUGGCGCUGCGGCAGGGCGCGCGGGAGCCGUUCCUCAGGGUGGUGUUCACCCUGAACAGCUGCGCCCCCCUGAGGGGAGCCACGGUCAGGAGCUUCGACAGCGAGAGGGAGCUGCUGCAGUCGUGGGCGGAGUUUGUUCGCAUCGUGGACCCCGACGUCAUCACGGGUUACAACAUCCACAACUUCGACCUGCCCUACCUGAUCCAGAGGGCCCAGGUGUUACAGGUGAGCUCGUUCCCGUACCUGGGCCGGGUCAGGGGGGUCCCGUCGCAGGUGAAGGAUUCGGCGUUCCAGUCCCGCCAGCUCGGCCGCCGGGAGGGCAAGGUGGUCACCACACCUGGGAGGGUCACCCUGGACAUGCUGCAGGUGCUGCUGAGGGAGCACAAGCUGCGCUCGUACUCGCUCAACGCCGUCAGCGCCCAUUUCCUGCACGAGCAGAAGGAGGACGUGCCCCACGGCAUCAUCACCGAGCUGCAGAACGGCGACGCGCAGACGCGGCGCCGCCUGGCCCUGUACUGCCUGAAGGACGCGGUGCUGCCGCUGCGGCUGCUCGAGCGCCUCAUGACGCUGGUGACGCUGGUGGAGAUGGCGCGGGUGACGGCCGUGCCGCUCAGCUACCUGCUCAGCCGGGGACAGCAGGUCAAGGUGGUGGCACAGCUCCUGCGCCAGGCCAUGCAGGAGGAUUUGUUGCUGCCGGUGGUGAAGCCGGAGGGGGGAGAGGAUUUUGAGGGGGCCACGGUGAUCGAGCCCCUCAAAGGGUACUACGACUCUCCCAUCGCCACGCUGGAUUUCUCCUCGCUGUACCCGUCCAUCAUGAUCGCUCACAACCUCUGCUACACCACCCUGCUGCCGCCGGGGGGCGCCCAGAAACACCAGCUGGGCCCGCAGGAUUUCAUCCGCACCCCCACGGGGCAGCUCUUUGUGACCCCCCAGGUGCGCAGGGGGGUCCUGCCCCGGGUCCUGGAGGGGCUGCUGGCGGCGCGGAGCAGGGUGAAGGCAAUGCUGGCCGAGGAGCAGGACCCCGAGCGGCGCCAGGUCCUGGACGGGCGGCAGCUGGCGCUGAAGGUCAGCGCCAACUCGGUGUACGGCUUCACCGGGGCGCAGGCCGGGAAACUGCCCUGCCUGGAGAUCUCACAGAGCGUCACCGGCUUCGGGCGCCAGAUGAUCGAGAAGACGAAGCAGCUGGUGGAGAGUCAAUACCCAGAUGUGCAGGUGGUUUACGGUGACACAGACUCGGUGAUGUGCCGCCUGAGCGUGGCCUCGGUGGCCGAGGCGGCGGCGCUGGGACGCGAGGUGGCCGCCUGGGUCUCCGGCCACUUCCCCUCCCCCAUCCGCCUCGAGUUCGAGAAGGUGUACCUGCCCUACCUGCUGAUCAGCAAGAAGCGCUACGCCGGCCUCUGCUUCCCGGGGGGCUCCGAGGGCGCCCCCAAGCUGGACUGCAAAGGGCUGGAGGCCGUCAGGAGGGACAACUGUCCCCUGGCUGCCAACCUGGUGACAGCCUGCCUCAGGAGGAUCCUGCUGCACAGGGACCCGCAGGGAGCCGUGGCCCACGCUCAGGAGGUGAUCUCAGACCUGCUCUGUAACCGCAUCGACAUCUCCCAGCUCGUCAUCACCAAGGAGCUGACCCGGGCAGCCUCGGCCUACAGCGCCCCCCAGGCCCACGUGGCUCUGGCUGAGAGGCUGCGGCGCCGUGACCCCGGCAGCGCCCCCUCGCUCGGGGACCGCGUCCCGUACGUGAUUGUCACCGGGGCGCGGGGACAGGCGGCCUACACGCGGUCAGAGGACCCGGUGUUUGCCCUGGAGCAGAACCUGCCCAUCGACACUCGGUACUACCUGGAGCAGCAGCUGAGCCGGCCCCUGCUGCGGAUCUUCGAGCCCAUCCUGGGCGAGGGCCGGGCCCAGGGGGUGCUGCUGCAGGGGGAACACACGCGGUGCAAAACCCUCCUGACCGCCAAGGCCGGGGCGCUCUCGGCCUUCACCUCCAAGCGCAGCAGCUGCGUGGGCUGCAGGGCCCUGCUGCCCCACCACGGUGCAGUUUGCGAUUUCUGCCGCCAGAGGGAGUCCGAGCUCUACCAGAAAGAGGUGUCCCAGGUUUGGCACCUGGAGCGAAGCUUCUCCCGCCUGUGGAGCCAAUGCCAGCGGUGCCAGGGCUCCCUGCUCCAGGAUGUCCUGUGUACCAGCCGGGACUGCCCCAUUUUCUACAUGCGCCGGAAGGUUCAGAAGGACCUGGAGGCUCAGCAGGAGCUGCUGGGGCGCUUUGGGAGCCCAGACUGGUGACAAAAACCCCAAAAAAAACCCCAAAAAAUCCAAAUUUUGGGAGGUUUUGGGGUCUCCUCUUUUUGUAUGGAAAGUUUAAUAAAGGUUUGGUUUGUAAA